AUGCGCGCAACGGCCGUUCUGAGUCUCCGCUCAGUGAUCGAGGUCGAGCGAAAAUUUUGCUGCGGACCAAAAUCGAAAGAUAUAUUUCGUUUUAACAAGGGUUCGCCAUCAUUCCAUCAGGUAGAAAAUGUAGGUCAGAGUACCUUUGAAGAUCUGUAUUUCGACUAUCGACGGCAGCUAUCAACGAAUGGGGUCUGGGUGCGGCGACGAAACGGCAUUUGGCAAGCCAAAGUGCGAGCAGACCAUUCAAAUUCGACCUACAUUAAUUCCCGAUUUGAGGAGCUCUCUGAGCCGAGUGAGAUCUUAAGGCUAGUCCGGCGACUCGUGCAUGGAGUGAAGUAUUUGCCCACGGAAAAGAAUGGCAGCGAUGUGAGAGAAGCCGGUUUGGAGGUGAUGGCACGGUAUACGACAUAUCGCGAUACUUGGAAGUUUGACGAGGGAUUCGAGGUAGUGCUGGACAGAACCGACUUUGGCCACUGGGUUGGCGAAGUUGAAUUACAGCGAGAAAUCGAAGUGGCCGAAGAGGAGAUGGAGGCUCUCACCCAGCGGCAGGCCAUAUCUGCAGAGAUGGACAGAGAUAUACAGUCCUUCAUGGAGCGUUAUCGGUGGGCGUUCCCAGUUGGUAGUCCGGUUGGCAAGUUGACUGCAUAUUUUGCAAAGGGCCGCAGCCAUUGGUGA